AAUGUUAUCACUGAACAAAUGCGCAGUUUUGAUUAUUUUUAACUUUACGUUUUCUUGUUAUUGUAAAAUUAUUCACUAUUUCGUAAAUAUCUAGUAUAUUUUUGAUCAUGUAGUCACCCUUUUAAAUUUUGUUUUACAAAUCAAUGGGCUUAAAAACCCAUGAUUGAAUGUAAAUGAAAAACGCUGAUGUAAUUUAAAUCAAGAGCACCUGCAAUCUAAAUUGUCUGGAGAACAAAGGUUUCUGAAUUAAUAAAGUAUAACACUUUGACCUACCAUUUUAUGUCCUUUGUUUUUCUUUGUUUUUUUUUUUCACAACAUUCUGUAAUUGUCAUUUAUUUGUAUUUUAUUAAUAUCUACUUGAUAUUAAUAGUAUAGCAACUAAGAUUGUACUGACUGUACCUAAUAUUCUGUCAUGCAAUCAUAACAUUAAGUACCUAUAUAGGUAUAUUUUUAUUUUAUUACAAAAACAAUUACCUAUAAUUAAUUAUUACUGUUUUUUAGAAAUUAAAAUGCCAGAUUCUGGAUAUCAAGUUCUUAGUUCUGAAAGAGAAGAUGAAGUUCGUUUUCACUUUACUCCCAAUAUAGCUAGAAGUAAGUCUUCUAAUAUUUUACAAUUUUAUUUUAAGACACCAAAAAUAUUAAUUGUACAUUUUAAUCUAAAAUUCCUUAUUUUAAAUACUAUACAAAAAUGUAAAAUAUAUAAAUAUUAAUUUACAUAUUAAAAUUAAUGAAAAAAAAUGUAAUAAAUAAAGUAUAAAUAUAAAAUAGAGUGUAAGGUAUUUUAUCUGUAUUUUUUAAUAUAAUAUAAUUCUAUCCCUUUAUAAUUUUAUUAAAUUUUAAAUAAACAUAAACCUAUAAAAUAAAAUUGGAAAUUAUUAAUUUCAUAGUAAUUUCUUUUUUUAGAUCGAUGGAAUCAUAUAGAAGACUUGGAUAAUUUUUUUACAAGAAUUUACAUGUACCACCAAAAACAUGGAUUUCUUUGUCUUAUUCUUCAAUCAGCAUUAGAUCUUUUGCAAGUGAUAUUCUUGUUGACUUUUUCUUUAUUUCUGUUUUAUUGCAUCGACUAUCCAAUACUUUUCAGGUAUUAUUUGAAUAGAUUAGUUAAUUAAUAACAUCUGAAUAUACAUGUAAAUAUAUCAAACCGAAUAUUUAUAUUAUUUUAUUAGAGACAAACGCAGGAAAAAAUUGUAUAAGUAAUUUUGCAAAAAAUAUUUUAUAUUUGAUCUUUAUGUAGCUUUGGUCUGUAAAUCAAUUUAUUAUUUCAAAUUUAAAUACAAAUUAAAGGAUAUAUUAUAUUUUGGAAGAAGUUUGACCACUUCCUUCUGCGUUUGUCAAUGUAUUUUAUCAUUUAUCAUAUAAGUUUAUUUAAUAUUCAGAGACAAACCAGUAGAUUCAGGAAAUUUUUUGAAUGGUACUGAUAAAGUACGGUUAUCUGAUGUGUUCCUGUCAACUUCAAAAUGUACUAGCAAAUUUACAAUUUUAACAUAUUUGUACAUGAUACCAUUGUUAAUGUUUGCUAUUUUCCGGUUUAUGAAACUGUUCAAUGUUGCUUACCAUUUUUCUGAUAUUAGAGCCUUUUACAAUGUUGCUCUUCAUAUACCUGAUGUAAGAUGUUAUAUUAACAAUGGUUAUUUUUUAAAAUUAAAAAAUAUAUUUAUAUUAUUAUUUUAAUUUUAGAAAGAGUUAGAAAAUUAUACCUGGCGAGAAAUUGUACUAAAAGUAUUGGAAGCACAAAAAGUACAACAUAUGUGUAUACAUAAACUAGAUCUUACAGAACUUGACAUUUAUCAGCGUAUUUUAAGGUUUACUUAAAUAUAUUUUUCUUUUACAUUUAGAUAUUUAAAAUCUUGAACGCUGUAUGUUUAUUAUUUUUUCAGAACGAAAAACUACUUAAUAGCUCUUGUGAAUAAAUCUGUACUCCCUACACAUUUUAACAUACCAUUUCUUGGGGAUGUUAUCUAUUUUUCUCAUGGAAUGAAAUACAAUAUAAACUUUUUGCUCUUUUGUAAGUAAUACAAAUUAAUUAUACCUUAAUAUACCUUAUUAUACCUUUGUUUUUAAAAUAAUACAAUUAUCAAUUACAUUUUAAAUUUUACUUCUGAUACAAAUUAUUAUAUUAUUAUAAUUUAAUUACUUAUAUAUUGCAUAUUUAUAAAUGUAUAUUGAUAAAAUCUUGAGUUUUAAAUAACUUAAAAUUAUUUUUAUUUUCUUCUGUUUUUGACAAAAUUAUGAUAUUUACUAUCAGUGACACCUGAGCAAAAGUCAUGUUGAAUUGAAGAUCAGUCUUAUUAAUAGGGGAGAUGAACAGGUUUUAGAGCCUUUUUGAGCCUAGGGCUCAAAUUGAGUAUUUUUAAAUGCCAUGUUAGGCCAUCAUUUAUCGACACUUUUAUACCAUUCACAUAUUGUAUUUAUAUUUAAGUAAUAAUAAUAGUAAUAUUUUAGGGGGUCCGUGGUCACCAUUUGAAAACAAUUGGCAUCUUAAACCAGAAUAUAAACAACCAGGAAAGCGUUUAGAAUUGGCAAAAUCCAUGGGUAAAACUAUAAGUUGGGUUGCCUUAGUCAAUUUAUUGCUUUCUCCAGUAAUUUUGACUUGGCAAUUAAUUUACAAGUUGUGUGACAAUGCUCAGGUAUUAUAUUGACCUUAGGUUAUUUAUAACUCCUACAAAUUAAAAAAUAUAUUGUUAAUCUGUUUCAUUUUUAGAUGGUAAAAAACGAACCAAGUGUACUCAGUAUUCGCAUGUGGUCUUUAUAUUCAAAACUAUAUUUACGUCACUUCAAUGAGCUUGACCAUGAACUCAGUGCUCGACUCAGUCGUGCUUAUGUGCCUGCUGCUAAAUAUUUACAAAGUUUUGCAGCGCCCGUUAGUGUUAUAAUUGCAAAGUAUGAUUAACUUUUGCAUUUUAUUAUUCUUUAAUAUUUUUUUAUUAAUUUAUUUUCAAUACAGGCCACGGCCUAAAAUACACAUUAUAUGUACAGAGUGAUUUUUUUUAUCAUGAACUAGCAAUUAUCUCUGAGGAAUUUUAGUGAAUUUGAUUUCUUUUUUUUCUCAUCACUAUGGGAAUCAUUUAAUUAUUAAUUUAAAACCACUUUUAGUUUUUUACCCCUACUCCAAAUACCUUAAAUAAGUACAUACUUUUGGUUUUCAAUUACUGGUUCAUGGUAAAAAAAAAAAAAAUCUCUGUAUAUAUAUAUAUAUAUAUAUAUAUAUAUGAAUAUUUUUUUUUAUUAGGAAUACAAUGUUUUUUACAAGUGCUAUUAUGGUGCCAAUACUUGUUUUAACUAUUUACGAUGACAGCAUUUUAUCAAUUGAACAUAUGAUAACUAUAUUUACUGGAUUAUCAAUGUUGUUUGUAAUUUGUCGGUUAGUAAAAGAAAUUGUGUUUAAGUUUAAUAUUAAAUACAGUAGAAUCUCAGUAAUCCAAGAGAUAUGAGAUCAAAGUACUGCCAAAUUAACAAAAACACCUCAUUAAUGAGAGUUUACAAAAGAAAAAGAAUUUUUAAUUAUAUUAAAAAAAUGAAUAACCUUAUUUUUUUAAAAACAAAUAAAUACAUAUUAUGUUGAAUUUUGUUUUGAUGGAACAAGCUACAACAAAUUAUCAAUUUAUUUUUAUUUUUUUGUUUGAAAUGAUGCUUUUUAAUACUUAAUGUAGCUGGACGUACCUGAUUUUCAAGAUUCUACUGUACUAAUAAUUUAAAUCAAUAAUUGUUUUUAAAUUUUUAAAAUUUAGAAAUCUUGUUGAUGAUGAUAAAGAAAUUGUUUGCCAAGAAUCAUUAAUGACGGCUGUAUUGUCUGAAGUGCACUACCUGCCAGAUUCGUGGGUUGGAAAAGCACAUACACAACAAGUUAACAAUCAAUUUUCUCAAGUUUUCCCCUUUAAAGCUGUAAGUAAUCAUGUUAGUCAUUUUAAAGUUAUAUUUCUGUAUUAUUGUGAUCAAUUUUUAUUUCAGAAUUAUUUGUUAAGCGAGUUAAUAUCACCACUGGUUACCCCAUUUAUACUGUUUUUUUGGCUUCGUCCCAGAGCCUUAGAAAUUGUAGAUUUUUACCGUAAUUAUACUGCUGAAGUAGCAGGAGUAGGAGACGUAUGCGCUUUUUCUAUGAUGAAUUUACGAAAAAAUGGUAAUCCAGCUUGGCGUUCUCCUGGACCUUCAUCACCUGAAACACCCACAGCAAAAUUACCCCAAGUUGAUCAGGCCGAAGAUGGAAAAGUAGAAAUGUCUCUCUUAAGUUUCUCCGUACGCAACCCCACUUGGGAUCCUGUCGAUCUUGAAGCUAAAGAGUUUGUAGAUGAAAUAAUUGCUAAAACGCGGCAGAAUUAUCCAUCUACUGGUGAAUCUGUAAUAAACCCAGUAUGUUGUUUAGGAUAAAAAAAAUAUACUAAAUAACCCUAACUUUUAAAUGAUUUUUAUUUAGUCUCUGUGUCACAAUGUAGUUGGUAGUACAUUGCAUAUCGCAGAAUUACCUUCCUGCUUACUUGGACUCAAUCAGAGUACGCGGCUAUUACAUAAAGAAGGGUAUGUUACACUAUUUUGUAAUUUAAUAUUUCUAGCAAAAUAAUUUUGUAAUUGUUUAGCUUAACGGGUCGUCCAAAUCAAAUCAAUAGUAGUUCUUUAAUGUGCUCAUCGAUAUUUACUACAUCUGAAUAUUUAACUUCUGUAGAAGUAAAUCAGAGUGCAUUGCUAUUGCAUAGCAUUCAUAGAAGGUAAUUGUAGAAUUUAUUUUAACUUUUAAAUAGUCAUUAAUAAAAUAUUUAUAUUGAUUUUAUUUUUAUAGAAAACUUGAAGAACGCGGUAAUUACCCAUGCACUUCGGUUUCCCAGUCUGUUCUUAACACUAAUGCCCAAGAAAGAACGCCAUUGUUGAAACCAGGUGCAAGAAUUAUCUAACAAUCAUGACUUGUUCAUAUGAGCCUCAAAACUACUGUGAUAUUAAUUAAGGUGUAGUAAUAUUUGUUUCCGAUAAUUUUGAGACUAUACAAUAUUUUAUUUUAUUUUUUUAUAUUGGUAUUAUUCAUAAACAACUGAAAUUUAAUAGUAUGGAAUACUUAAGUUUUUCUUACAAUAAUUUAUUGUAGCUACACAAACUUUUUAUGUGGGAAUAUUCUUGUAUAACUGAUUUUAUCAAAAUAUUAUAAUUUAAGUGUAAUAUGUUAAUAAUUUUAUAUUCAAAUCAUUGUUUUAUUUGUAAUAAGAAUGUGUCAAAGUUAAUCAAAUUAUAGUCAUCAUAUUUAGAAAACUAUUUAAAUAUUUUGUCUCAAGUAUUUACUUUUUAAGUAGGAGAAAACCUAUUGCUAUGAAAAUAAGAAUAUUUGUAUUAUUUGAUAUUAAUAAUAAAGAAGUGCAUAAUUUAUAUUUUGUUUUAAAUUUAAUACUAAACUAUUAAAAUUGUUUUUCUUUCUUU